AUGGAGGACUUGGCGGAGUUCUCGGUGAAGGUCGAGCCUCCGGUGUCGGGCGGGUUUCGCGAUUACACGGUGUAUACAUGCAAUGCUUGGUGUCAAGGUCCGGUAGUUGCCCAGACGCUCCAGAUGCUCGAGGAAGACGAUCUGACCGCGAUGGGGCACAACUCGACCGAGUACAUCCAUCUGGUGUCGCAGGCUCUGGACCUUGCAUACGCGGAUCGUCACGCGUACUACGGAGACCCCGAUCUCGUUGAUGUGCCGAUCGAAGGUCUAUUGUCCAAGGGAUACACGCGGUCGAGGCGGGCGGAUGUUGACAUGACGGACGCUUUUCAUGCGAUGCCGGAGCCGGGCAACCCGUGGCCGUAUCAGGGCGUAUCUAGAAACGGUAGUGCUCCUGUGGCGAUGGCGGCGACUUCCGGAGGAAGGAUGCAGGACACGAGCUACGUCUGCGCGGUGGACCGAUGGGGCAACGCUUUCUCGGCGACGCCGAGUGAUCCGCUCGCGCCGAGUCCGAUUGUUCCAGGGCUAGGCAUUCAGAUGUCGUCGCGAGGUUCGCAGACUUGGCUUGACCCUGAACAUCCAUCGUGUCUCGAACCUUGGAAGCGGCCGCGACUUACGCCCAAUCCUGCGAUUGCAUUCAAGGACGGCAAGUUGUUCAUGCCAUUCGCAGGCUAUCGAAGAGCCGCGUUUCGCAACAUGGAACUUCCCAAACUCAUUCUGGCCUCACACCUAUUUCCGGGUCGGUUGGAUCUUGAGGGACGGAUCGACGCUGCGACUGCUGCGGAGCUGGUCGGCAUGGGUCACGAUGUUCACGUGCUGGCCGACUGGACGCCGACUGGUGGAGCGAUGACCGCGAUCGUCGUCGAUCAGGAAACGGGCGUGUUGUCGGGCGGUGCAGACCCGCGCCGGGACAGCUACGCCAUAGGGAGGUAA